UGAUGGUGAUGCUGCAGCUGAUGAUGAUGAUGCAGCAGCUGAUGAUGAUGGUGAUGAUGCAGCUGAUGAUGAUGAUGCAGCUGAUGAUGAUGAUGCAUCAGCUACGAAGAUGAAGCGGAUUGCCAAGUUGGGUGCAAGAUCUGGAAAGAAAGCUCGACCCGGCAAAAAGCCACGAGACAUUGGUGGUGGUGAUGGUGGUGGUGGAGGUGGUGGUGAUGGUGGUGGUGGAGGUGGUGGUGAUGGUGGUGGUGGAGGUGGUGGUGAUGAUGGUGGUGGAGGUGGUGGUGAUGGUGGUGGAGGUGGUGUCAUCCAUUUCCCACCAUCGUUCAGUGUGUCCGAGAUCAAGAACAGGCAGCGGAGACACGAGGCGUACACUAAGCAGAAAGUGGCCAAGCGAAAGGAGUGGCUUGCUCGAAAGAAACAACGUAGAGCUGAACGCAGAGCGUUGGGUGAUAAAGCACCUCCAAAAGAAGUCCCCAAGACUUUGGAGAAUCAGCGACUUCCAGACGAGACCACAGUAACAACUGGGGAUGAGGAGGUGGAGGCUGACCAGCUGAGCGAUGAGUUUGCUGAAUACUUCAAGCGGGAGACUGAUGCCAGAGUCCUCAUCACAACCUCGGAUCGGCCACGUGGGAAGACGGUUCGUCUGUGCGAGGAUUUGGCGGCCUCGCUCCCCUCGGCCCAAGUCUACUACCGACGUGGCCUGGCACUCAAGAAAAUAGUUCCACAGUGCGUGGCACGGGGAUUCACGGACCUCGUGGUCAUCAAUGAGGAUCGCAAGGAGCCCAGUAUCCUCACCGCUCACACACACAGAGAGUGGUUCUAGAGAGAGUGGUUCUAGAGUGGUUCUAGAGUGGUUCU